AUGGAUACAAAAUUUGGAAGAAGAACAUGGGAUAGAAGUCAAUUUAUUAUACAUAAGGAUGAUGAUAGUAAUGCCAGCAAAGAUGAGCAUGAUAAUAAAUUACGUGAACUCAAUGAUGAACAAUUAAUGCUGCUAAAGAAAAAAUAUACAAAUUAUGAUCAGAUAAUGAGAGAUUCAAUAAAGGGACUAAAUCAAAAAACUUUACGUACUAAUAUAUCACAAUAUAAAAGAGGCAAACAGUUUGGUUUUUAUUGCGAUUUAUGUAAUCUAACUUUUAAAGAUAGUUUACAAUACAUUGAUCACCUAAACAGUAAAAUACACCAAAUUAAAUUUAAAACUAUAUUUGAUGAGGAUUUGAUAUCGAAUAAGAGGGAUAAUGAUGAUAUUUCAGUGCAAGAAUUUCAUGAUUCAUAUUUACGUGAGAUAAAACAAUUUAUCAAAAGUCACCAAAUCUUUAGUUCGUCAAAGGAUUCCAAGGAUUCAAAGAAUUUGAAAGUUAAUAGCAAGAUAAAAAUAGGAAAAGUCGAUAAAAUAAGUACGAACGAUUCACAAAUAAGUAAAUUAAUGGGAUUUACAAGGUUUGAAUCCACUAAGAAAUAA